UGGGAUACACACACUCCAAUCUCUUUCUGCUCUCUAUUAAAAAAAAAAUUAUUUAAUGCUCUCUCACAACUACUUUCUUCUACAAGUGGCGGUGAACAGAAGAAGACAGAAUCACAUAUAGAGAUAUGAUCUGAUCUCAUUUCAUUUUCCUUCUUUUACGAGGGAAAUUUAAUACUUCUCCACUUUGAAUUAUUUCAUUUACUCAUCAGGAAAGAUAGAGAGAAAGAGAGAUAAAUAUAUUACUCAUACGCUCUUUGACAGAUAUUUAUAUAUCAGAAAAAUUCGUAAGUAGAGUGAAAGGUAGAGAAGCAAUGUUUGCGGCGGAGAACGGGCUCAAAGGAGAUCCAAGGCUUGAAGCUAUAUCAGCAGCUAUUAGAGUUGUUCCUGAUUUCCCCAAGAAAGGGAUUAUGUUUCAGGACAUAACAACGUUGUUACUGGAUCACAAGGCCUUUAAACAUACAAUUGAUAUCUUUGUUGAUCGCUACAAAGACAUGCAUAUCUCUGUUGUUGCUGGAGUUGAAGCAAGAGGUUUCAUGUUUGGUCCGUCUAUUGCAUUAGCCAUAGGUGCAAAGUUUGUCCCUUUGCGUAAACCCGGAAAAUUACCAGGGAAGGUCAUAUCGGAGUCUUAUGAGCUCGAGUAUGGACAUGACCGUUUAGAGAUGCACGUUGACGCCGUUGAGCCACGAGAACGCGUCAUUAUCAUCGAUGAUCUUGUCGCUACCGGUGGCACACUCUCCGCCGCUAUUAGUCUCAUGGAAAGCCAGGGAGCUGAAGUUGUGGAAUGUGCGUGUGUUAUCGGCUUGCCUGAAGUCAAGGGACAACACAAGCUGGAAGGGAAGCCGCUCUAUGUGCUGGUGGAGCCUAGUGGAUUAGAUGAAUUCUGAUUAGGAUACAACCCGGUUAAUUCCGGUUCAGCUUUUUGUCCUCAUGCAGAGACAGAGUUCAUGUUCUUUAAAAUUUUUGCUGUUUGUGUUAACGUAUGAGUUAGGACAAUAAUGUGUACUUUCCACUGCAGCGGUUGGUAAAACCGGGAAACAGAAACCUCUUUACGUC